GUCGGCCACCCCCCGAGAUCCGCUGCGCCGCGAAUGGCCGGGGAACUGUGUAAAGUGUGGCCCACAACGGACCCGUGAUAAAUCCCGUGGAAACCUUCAAAAUGCUCUUCAUCCGGAGAGGGCAGAGGUUCCAUCUUCUCGUUCCGGAAUCGGUGUAGUUUUCGUGCGCUUGUUGGUUUAGAUAGGCCCUCGGCUCGUCGGCGCCACCACCACCUAGGUCACGCAUCGCCCAGCAACAAGCAUCAUCAUCAUCAUCAUCAUCAUCAGCGAUCGUAAUCAUCGCACCCUAUUAUCGGGUCAGUAGACCGAGCGUGACCAUGAGCGAUCAGGAUGAUCCGCUGGCGGGGGGCCAACCGCAAACGCAAACACCACGCAGCUCGCUCGGUUCGGGCGCCCUGUCGUACAGCAACUCCUCCAUCUCACCCUCGACCAGCUCGAGCGGUUCGCAGGGUUCGGCCAAAUCGGCCGUGAGCGAGUGUUUGGGUGCGUGGUUGAACUAUCUGCAGAUCAUGAACAAUCUGUGUGCGGCCGGGUACCGGCUAGCGCAAACCAUAGCAGCCCUUGAACCGUGGGCCUACUUCGAUCAAACCGCUGCUGCUGCUGCUGCUGCUGGUGGUCAACAGGGGACCACUGGCGGUACCGCCUCCGCCACCACCAAUCCGCUCAUCGGUGGCGUUACACCGAUGCCUCCCAGUUCCGGUUCACAGCGGGAGCUUCCGUUCGCUGGCGGUCCCCAGGGCAUACCGUCCCAUAUGGCCUUCCAGUUCAUCACGGCCUGGGACGAACUGGCCCGUGCGUCUGUCAUGGCAACCAGCACCGUAAAGUCGCACAUCGUGAGCGUGCUGCAGGACUUUAAGACGCAACCGUUGGCCACGGUCGAGCAGGAAAGUGAGCUGCUACAUAUCAAGGAAUACAAUCAAACGAUCCUUCAGGACAACGCACAAACGAUGAUCAACCUGCAGCACCAGUUCUGUGUUGCGUCGUGUGACGCGUUUGCUCAGCUCAUGUGCUGCUAUCAGUGCCAGACGCAGGUGGGUUUCCCGCACGAUCCCGAGUGUCCGAUGGUACAGCAUCCGAUGUCGGCCGCGGCUACCAUUGCCCGGUCGGGUGAACAGCAGCGUUCGCAAACGCCAUCGCCACAUUUUGGACCAAAGAUGGAUGUUGGUCCAUCGCGGUUGUACGAUCGAACGGGAUCGAGCUCAACGCAGGGUUCGUCCUCCGAUCAUGGCACUACGGCGUACGAGCAGACACGUGGUCCCUCGCCACACGAUAUCCGUGGACCGAGCCCGAUUCAGGGCUACCUGGAUAACAUUCGUGGUCCACUACCGAAUCCGGGGCACCUAUCGGGCAUGAAGGCACCGUUUUAUCGGGGCUCGCGGUCUCCCCUUAACUUUCCACUCUUUACGCUCAACGGACAACGACGCUGGUCGGAAGCGGCCGCCGGUGAGGUCAACUCGGAGGCAGCACUCGAUCCCGAAAGCCAGAUGCGCCGCUGGUCGAUGCCGUGGGAAGCGAAAGCCGACAAGACGACCGUCCACUGGAAUCAAACGCGCCUAAUGCCGGUCUCGAAGCUAGCCGUUCCACCCGGGGCUGGAGGGCCGGCCGGCAGUGGGGGAAACAAGUCAUCGUCACACGGUGACCGUAGCCAAAGCACAACACCCGACUCUACCUGGCACUCUUCGAUCACUAGCCAAGAUGGUCUGGUGGAAGCCAUUCAGCUGCUCUCCUGCCGACCCAUCCAUCGACUACAGGCACCGACGAUGAUGAUGAUGAUGCCGCCACCCAACAUUGGGCCACCGUUCGUCGAGGAACCGUCCGGAAUGCAUCAGGAACAGGAACAUGAUACGGUGGACCCGGUACCCGCUCAGCAGCACCAUCACGCCACCAACACCAUGAUGGGCGGGGGCAACCCGUCAGGCCUGUACGGUAUCUGGACGCAGCAAAACCCUCCCAGUGCUAUACUGCGCCAGCAGUCGAUCCAAGAGCGUAUGGUCCCACCGAUGAACUAUAUCCGCGAGCAGGACUCAUCGAUCGAUGAGCAUCCGCCUUCCUAAGAAAUGUCCCGGUGACGGACUCGCACCAUCAUUAGACAUAAUCUCACGAUCGCAAUCGCGACCAACCAAAGCAUACCACAUAGCAUACCAAAGCAUACCACCACAAUGCAGCAAAAACGUACCAAAAACGGGCAACAACACAGUGCACAUUGACACUGAUGAUAUUUCAUGUACUUUUGUAAUCCAUUUUUACGAACCGAAGUAACCGAUGAUAUUCAAAGGUGUAACUCCUCAGCCAAAAAGAAGAAGGGACAAAAAAUAACUAAACAUUCUCAGUCAUUUCAGUCGUGCUAGUUGUAAGAGUGUAAACGAAUGAUCGUUCAUACAUAGCGAGGUUCGGUGAUUUUUAGGGCCAGACGCAUUAGCAUAUUCAG